AUGUGUAUUACAUGUUAUGACAAGUGGGAUGAUUUGUCACCAGAAACCUUUUUGACACUUGAAAUUGAGAAAUUUUACAGGGAAACAUUCAAAUUACUUAAAGAUGAUCCAAUAAUUAAUGAAGAUAAUUCUGAUUUGCUUAAUGCUGGACUAAAUAAAUUUAUAACUGCUAUAGAGUUGACUGAAUCAACAAAACCAAUGAAAUUGGAUAAUGGAGAAAUGACACUUGAAAAACUUUGUGAAUUUUGA